AUGGAUCUACAAGACAUAUUCUACGCUAUUCCAGACUGCGACGUAGUGAUAAGAAACGAGGAUCCAUACGAAAAGAUUAAGAAAGUGCUAACGGAUUACUUCAGGCCAAAAUUGAACACGACGUACGAGCGACACCUUUUUAGAAAUAUGGCGCAGAAAGAAGACGAAACGGUCGCAUGCUCCCCAAAUGCACCCAAACAUGGCGACGGUUCGGACAAGCGGGACAAGAAGGAAGCUAAGACGAACAGCAGUGCCAACAAGGAGGAAAGAAAGUCAACUACGGUGAAGCAGCUAGAUGGCGACGCCGCUGACAGGGACGACGACGAAUAUACGUUCGCCUUAAGAGAUAAGAUAUGUGUAUUAGAACACGGAGAGAUUAAUCAGAUUGAGAAUAUUAUAUGCGACGUUAAGUUAGAUAAUAAACUCUUUGAGGGUAUAGGGAAAUUGAAAGAUUUUCAGAGUAGUAAGGCUAUGCCGGUUCUGGAUCAAGGCGUGAUGCUGUUUACUAGGCGAAUUUCUUCUACGACUAUGGUAGUGAUAUUAGAUUUGUGGGGCGGGGUGGGCGGUUAUGUCGGACUUCUACCAACUAAAACCUCCACAACGAUCAGCCAGCCUUCUGAAACUCUCACGCAAAAGAAUCUCUACACGCUGGCCGACUCAAAUUGGCUGAACGACGAAGUGAUAAACUUUUAUAUGAACCUGCUGAUCGCCAGAGGAACAUCUUCCGACGCGUAUCUGAAAGUGCACGCGAUGAACACGUUUUUUUACCCAAAACUUCUGUCGGGCGGUCACUCGUCGCUAAAGCAAUGGACUAGGAAGGUAAACAUAUUUGCGCAGGAUCUUGUGGUUGUGCCUGUACAUUUGGACGUUUACUGGUGUAUGGCAAUAAUAGAUUUUCGCGAUAAGACAAUUGUCUAUUACAGUAUGGGCAGUAAUAAUUCGAAAUGUCUGACUGCGCUAAAACUAUAUUUACAAAAUGAGAGUCUUGACAAAAAGAAACAACUUUAUGAUAUGAGUGAUUGGGAAUUUUAUUCCGCCAAGAACAUUCCGCAACAGACAAACGGUAGCGAUUGUG